AUGCCGGAAUUAAGAUACGACGCGCAAGUUGUAGUGAUCACUGGGGCAGGAGGGGGCUUGGGAAAAGCAUAUGCUCUCUUCUUUGGUUCAAGAGGAGCUAAUGUUGUUGUAAACGACCUCGGGGCUACUUUCAAAGGAGAAGGCGCUUCGUCAAAGGCUGCUGACGUCGUUGUUAACGAAAUUAUCGCCAAUGGUGGCAAAGCAGUCGCUAAUUAUGAUAGUGUAGAGCAUGGAGAUAAAAUUAUUGACACUGCGAUCAAAUCAUUCGGCCGCGUCGACAUCUUAAUUAACAAUGCCGGCAUCCUGCGUGAUGUUAGCUUUAAAAAUAUGACUGACAAAGAUUGGGAUCUAAUUAUAUCUGUACAUGUCAAAGGCUCAUACAAAUGCACUAGAGCAGCAUGGCCGUACUUCAGAAAACAAAAUUUCGGCAGAGUCAUUAAUACCGCAUCAGCAGCUGGUCUGUUUGGGAGCUUCGGUCAGUGCAACUACUCAGCUGCGAAAUUGGCGAUGGUUGGCUUCACGGAGACCUUAGCAAAAGAAGGAGCUAAAUACAAUAUACGGGCAAACGUCAUCGCACCUAUCGCCGCUAGUCGUAUGACACAGACAGUUAUGCCAUCGGAAAUCCUCGAAAGUCUCAAGCCCGAUUGGGUAGUACCACUAGUUGGCGUUCUUUCACACAGUAAUUGCCAAGAGAAUGGCUCAAUUUUUGAAGUUGGUGGCGGCCACGUUGCUAAGUUAAGAUGGGAGCGGUCUAAAGGGUUACUGUUAAAGCCAGAUGAGACUUAUACUCCAGGUGCAAUAUUGAAAAACUGGGAUCAAAUUAAAGAUUUCAAGAACCCGGAUCAUCCAACUGGUCUCGCUGACUUCAUGGGGCUUUUGGAAAAUUCCAUGAAACUACCUCCGAAUGAUCCAGGCGAGCUUUUGAGUCUCAGCGGUAGAGUAGCUCUAGUUACUGGAGGUGGAGCAGGUAUCGGCCGGUGCUAUUCUUUAGCCUUUGCUAAAGCCGGCGCGUCUGUCGUCGUCAAUGAUCUUGUCAAUCCUGAUAGUGUAGUGCAAGAAAUUAUCGACAUGGGUGGCAGGGCAAUUGCCGUAAAAGCAUCGGCGGAAGACGGGGAAACUAUUGUUAAAGCUGCAAUCGACGCAUAUGGUCGCAUUGAUAUCAUUGUCAACAAUGCUGGAAUACUUCGUGACAAAUCCUUCCAUAACAUGGAUGAAAAAAUGUGGGAUCAAGUUAUCGCCGUUCACCUCAAAGGCACGUACAAGGUUACAAGGGCAGCAUGGCCCUACAUGCUAAAACAAAAGUACGGACGUAUUGUUAACACCACCUCAACCAGUGGGAUUUACGGGAACUUUGGACAAGCCAACUAUGCGGCCGCUAAAUGUGGGAUUCUAGGAUUUUCACGCGCUCUAGCUCGAGAAGGCUUGAAGUAUAACAUAGUCGUGAACACCAUAGCUCCAAACGCAGGUACAGCUAUGACCCGCACUGUCAUGCCUGAAGAAUGGGUGCAAGCAUUCAAGCCAGACUACAUUGCUCCUCUGGUUCUUGCUCUCAGUUCCGACAAGGUUCCACCACCGUCUACCGGGGGUCUUUACGAGGUCGGUAGUGGGUGGAUUGGUCAGACUCGCUGGCAAAGAUCAGGCGGUUGCGGAUUCCCAAUCGACGAAAAGCUGACUCCUGAGGCUGUCUCCGAAAACUGGGAGCGUAUCACUGAUUUCUCUGGAGAUAGGGCUGAUAACCCAGAAUCUGCACAAGAUGGGCUUAAAAGUAUCAUGGCGAAUAUUGAAAACCGCAGGGGUAAUCUCAGUCAGAACGAGGAUGAUAGUAUUGAUAAAGAAGUACUGGCAAACAUUGCACAAGCCAAACUAGUUGAAGAUGCAGGGACUGAAUUCCAAUACAACGAUAAAGAUGUCAUUCUGUAUAACCUUGGCAUUGGCGCAAAACGGAGUGAACUCAAUUAUGUUUAUGAGCUUGCAGAUGGCUUCCAGGUUCUGCCCACAUUCGGGGUAAUACCAUUCUUCUCCACAAACAUGCCUUACAGCCUACUUGACAUAGUCCCAAAUUUUUCCCCCAUGAUGAUGCUUCAUGGCGAACAAUACCUUGAGAUAUUAUCGUAUCCAAUCCCUACGACGGGAACCUUAGUAACUAAAGCACAUUUAAUUGAAGUUGUCGACAAAGGAAAUGCUGCAGUGGUUAAAAAUGGCGCUGUAACUACUAAUAAACUUGACGGAAAGCCUUUAUUCUAUAAUGAAAACACAAUUUUUAUUAGAGGUUCUGGGGGAUUUGGCGGUACCAAAAAGGGUCAAGAUCGUGGAGCUGCGACAGCUCCGAACAAGCCGCCCAAUCGUGAACCUGACUUCGUUGCCGAAGAAAGGACGACAGAGGAACAGGCCUUGUUGUACCGUCUUUCGGGCGAUUUCAACCCGUUACAUGUGGACCCGUCGUUUGCCAGUGUCAGUGGAUUUAAAGUUCCCAUACUUCAUGGACUCUGUUUUUUUGGCAUUGCUGGCAAACAGGUCUACAAAAAGUACGGCCGCCUACGAAGUAUCAAAGUUCGGUUUGCAGGUGCUGUCAUGCCAGGUCAGACACUAAUAACAGAAAUGUGGAAAGAGGGACUAAACCUUGUGAUUUUCCAAGUCACAGUGAAGGAGACUAGAAGACGUGUUAUAACAAACGCAGCUUGUACACUGGAUCGAUAA